AUGGAUGUCAUGUCGCCUACGAACGAUACUGACAAACAGACAACUGAUUUCACUGCCGAUAUGGGAAAGGAAGUCUGUCACACUCCACCCUCAGAUACCGACAAGGUGGUUGUGCCACACCUUCCACCCAUUACUAGCGAGAAGGAAAUCCGACAACCUACCAACAAUACCGACAAACAGCUCUUCCCAAUGCAUGAUGGCUCUUCAACCACGAGUACUAGGUCAACGCCGAGCCAUACCUUUCGUGUCGAGAAAUCCAAUUCCAUGGGUUUGAUAAUGCCACGGAACCAGACAUUGCUACUCCGGUCUCUCAAUCCGACGACAAAGUUGGAUCAAGGACCUGCUUUCAUCACGAGCGAGAUGGAUUGGGUUGAUGUUUGCGCCGUCAACCCUCCGCCAUUUGAGCUCUACACCGCCCACGUCUUCGGCCGGCCGGAACUGGUGGCAAGACUCGUGCCAAGAGGCUGGCAGGGUUUAACCAGCAUGAAGAGCGAGUUCGAGUUGUCUUGUGGGGGAGACAGGCAGAAAUGGGAAGUUGUGAGAAAAGGUUUGAAUCGGACUUACCAGCUCAAUGGCAUGCUCGGCCAUGAAGGGCGGGAGUUUGUGUGGAAGGGCAGUACCAAGACUGUCAAGUCUUUGACCGGAGAUGAGAAGAAGACCAAGGGUAACUUGUAG